AAAAAUAAAUACGUUGAAAAUAAAAAAAUUAUACUGUUCAAAAAAAUGCACCUAUCCAACUACUACUCAGUCUCAGUCUACUCAGGUUUUACUAAUCCGACUUAUCGCUAUUUCUAAAUAUUUUUUCUCGCAAGCACCACUUGAAUCAGGUCUAUCCCCCCUCCGCCGCAUUGCAGGGUUCCCCGAGCUUUAUGUUCUUCACUGAAGAUCUUUAUAUCAAAGACGUUCGGUCCACGAGGCAGUGCGUUACAACCAGUUGCAGCGGUGUAUUGUUCUGAUGGAUCAAAUCAUGGAAGAGAAUAUUGAUAGUAAAAUCAAGGCGGAUGUUAAAACCAAUCAGACCGAAACGACAAAACCCGACAUGGAGAUUAAAAGCAGUACAAGCGGCUCAACAGAGGAAACUGAAUACGCAGCUUCCUACUUAAAGACAGGUAUCUCGCGCGGCAUUACAUACCAGGUGAAGCUCUUGACAUGGAUCGCGUGGAAGCUGAUGUACAAGAAUGAAAGCGUGAGCGACUGGUGGUUGGCCACAGAGGUACGUGAUGCGCGUGGAUUUCACGACAUGGUUUUGAAAUACGUCCCAAGUGAAGAAGGCGACAGUACGCCGAAUAGAAAAUACUUGUACCGCUUCGUGCAAAUCAAACACAAGAUGAAUCUGAGCGAGGUUGCCAAGAUCUCCGUUGGUAGUCUGAUGUCCGAGAAGCACAUCGAACGUCAAUAUAGUCUCAUCUACUUGUUCAAGUCUUACUUGAAUAUGCUUAAGAAAUUUGAGGGUAUAACGCCGGAUCAGAUCGUGGACCUGACUAUCUUCACGAACAAAGAUAUCGGCGCGCUCAAGUUCCUGGUGCCAGUGGCGAAGGAUGGCAUCUUUGAUUUCGAGGGGAAGGGCAAGCGAUACCGCAUGGACAUACCCAUGUUCCAAAUUGACUCGAGAAUGCUGACGUGUUUGCGGCAGGUCAGGUCAGACGACGCUCUCAUACUUGGCUUUCUGAAGAAGCUCGUGUUCGCGGUGGGCCAGCCUUGCGAGCCCGAGCUGGAGGAAUUGAUCACCAGGGACAUGGGCAGGCUUUACAGGUUUCCGGAUUUCUUUUAUAACGAUCUGUACAAGAGCAUAAUCGAGUGGUUCCUCAGUUACGACAAUGGCAAGGCGCCGUAUCUCACUAAGAGACAUGUAACGGAGAAUCUGGCAAAGACGCAUCACAUGCUGUUACAGGCAAAGAACGUAGAAGAAGUUUUCACCACUAACGCAUUAUCGAAAUUGACGGACGAAAUGAAAUCAUUAUCAUUGUCACUAUCAUCGCCAUCAUUAUCUCCACAAUCCUCGGCGGGUUUUACCAUAUAAAAAUAAUACUCUUCGCUCCAUCCUAUCCUUUGCCUUGAUUCUCGAGUUUUUUUGUUCUUAGUCUUGCCGCAUUUAUCGUCGUUUAUAAAUAGCUUAGUUUCAUUUUUUUCCUAAACAGUCGCAAUUUUUUUAUACUCGAUUAUAGUCAGUCAUAAGCUUAAUCCCCAACGUAGAGAACCAGGAUACCUAUCCCAAUCUGAUAUUUCAUCAUAGUCUAAUAUAUCUUUGAAGAUAAACUCCCUCUGAGUCAUUGACGCGUGUACAAGCCCCUUCGACUUUGUCAGGGUCUAGAUACCAUUCGGAGAGGAUUAUUAUCCACAUUAAGAUAUAUUAUUCUUUUCAUUAACAUUUCCUUUUUUUAUUACUUUUUACUAAC